AGCCUCCAGGUAGGAUCUCCCUUCCUACCUGUUGAACGUUGAAGUGAAGGCGGGUCAAGUCCAUAUGAGGGUGUGGGCACAGGGCCUAGUGAGGAGUGGGUGAGGAGUGAAGGGUGUCACUGACCAAUAAUGGGACUGAUCCAGAUGCAGCCGCGGGGCGACAGAGUGGCGUCACAGAACCCAGCGAUGAUGGUGGAGGUGAUGGAGGCCGCGCAGAGCCAGGUCCUGAACCUUGAGCGGGUGCAAGAGCUGGAAACCUGGCUGAAAACCACAGACACAAAACUGAUUCAGGUCAACGGCCAGAGGAAGUAUGGAGGACCACCUGAGGUGUGGCAAGGCCCCAUCCCAGGAGCCAACUGUGAGAUCUUCAUCAGCCAGAUCCCACGGGACAUCUACGAGGACCAGCUGAUUCCCCUGUUCAGCUCUGUGGGGCCUCUCUGGGAGUUUAGGCUCAUGAUGAACUUCAGCGGGCAGAACCGUGGCUUUGCAUAUGCUAAAUACAGCUCAUCGGCUUUAGCUACUGAAACAAUCUGCAUGCUGGAUGGCUACAUGCUGGAGCCCGGCUCCUGCAUCAAGGUCAGCCAGAGUAUAGAGAAGAGACACCUCUGCAUUGAAGAGCUGCCGGCCACCACCAGGCAAGAGGACCUGCUGAAGGUUCUGCGUGUGAUGGCUGAGGGCGUGCAGAAAGUUUCUCUGACAGCUGGGCCUGGUAUCGAGGGGGUGUCGGCCACAGUACGCUUCUCAUCCCACUACACUGCUUCUAUGGCCAAGAAGAUGCUGGUUGAAGUGUUCAAGAAGCAGUUUGCACUGAAUGUCUCAAUCAUAUGGCAGUCGAGUGUGAAGCUGCACCCAGAUGAACCGCUGACUCCUAAGAGCCUCCUGGCAUCUCCCCUGAGGCCGCCAUGCCACAUCCUGAAGUCUCCACAGCCCUCAGUCCUGCAUCCACGCCUGGCCUCUCAUCCACCCACCCCCCCAGGUUUCUGCAGAGCAGUGGGAGGACCCACUGCCGUUCUGCACCCUCACUGUCCCCACCACCUCACAUUUUCCUCUUCGCAGGGAGAUGUAGUGCCUGUAGAAUCCCCAGUGAUGCUCCUGAGUAAGGUGUGUGAGGUGACGGGGGUUGGUCAGCCACGCUAUGAGAUGUACUACACCCACGCUGGAAGAAAUGGAUUCCUCCACUUCACCUACACAGUGUGUAUCCCCAGAAUAACCACUCCAUUCAAAGGGCUGGUCAUGAUCUUGCCAGGACCCACUGCCAGCACCGUGCAGGAGGAAGCUCGGCAGGCUGCAGCCAAACAGGUCCUGCAGGGAAUUUACAACAACCAGGUCUCCCAGUGACAAGCUCAUCAGAUGAGAGCAGGCCUCCUCCUGUAAGCACUGUUCAAGACAAAUGUUAAUGUUAAUGUCGAGGUUUGUUAGUUUAUUUCUGCAUGUUUUUAUUAGAAUAAUAGUUUGUCUUGUUUCAAAUGUGUGGUUUGUUUAAUGCAUGCUCUGUGUGUUAGUGUUGGAUUGUUCCUCAUUUUAAUAAAUGAGAAUUUAAAAAGAA